GCACACCUCAGUGUACAGGACUACAACUACAGAGUCACGGCCCUUUCAUCCGGGUUGUCUGUCAAUGGAGUACUCUGUCGUGCUGUAGUAUGUCCUGUUGGAGAGUGUGGUUGUUGGUUUGUGGAGAAUAUGUUGAGUGGGACCCUACGGGACAGUGACAAGUGUAGGUUCUGGGUUGACGGAGCUGUGGCCAGUAUGCCUGAAGUAAUGAUUGGAUCACUGCUGCUCAUAUUUCUUUCGACAGUUAAUGGUGUCCCAGUGUGCGAGUGGGGCAGAUAUGGACAAAACUGCGACCAACUAUGUUCACAUCUCUGUAGACUUUACCCUGGCAGAAACCUUCCACCGUGUGACAAAGAUGCUGGGAAGUGUUUAGAAGGAUGCGUUCGUGGUCGGCAUGGUGACCACUGUGAUCAACAUUGUAGCCAGAACUGCAUCAACACCACGUGCAAUCAACCCAACGGGGAAUGUACCCUCGGGUGUACAGACGGAUACACUGGGUAUUUCUGUAACAUAGCAACAGUUUCCAAAGUUGAUGGUGUUCCAGUGUGCGAGUGGGGCAGGUAUGGACCGAACUGUGACAAACUAUGUUCGCCUCACUGUAGACUUUACCCUGGCAGAAACCUUCCACCGUGUGACAAAGAUACUGGGAAGUGUUUAGAAGGAUGUGUUCGUGGUCGUCAUGGUGACCACUGUGAUCAACUCUGUAGCCAGAACUGUAUCAACACCACGUGCAAUCAACCCAACGGGGAAUGUACACUCGGGUGUGCAGACGGAUACACUGGGUACUUCUGUAACAUGGCAACAGUUUCCACAGUACAGAGUGGCACAAGAUGUGACUCUGGCAAGUAUGGACCAAACUGUGACCUCCACUGCUCUGAACACUGUGGUCUAUUGCUAGAGACGAACCACCGACCGUGUGACAAAGAUACUGGGAAGUGUUUACAAGGAUGUGUUCGUGGUCGUCAUAGUGGCCACUGUGAUCAACCCUGUAGCCAGAACUGCAUCAACACCACGUGCAAUCAACCCAACGGGGGAUGUACACUCGGGUGUACAGACGGAUACACUGGGUACUUCUGUAACAUGGCAACAGGUGAAGGGCACAUUCCACAGAGUGUAAACGUGGUGUCGAUGUUAGCUGCCAUCAUCUUCUUGUUCACGACUGUUUGGUGCUGGAGGAGUGGACGAUGUAGAAGAACUUGCAACAGAUGGUGUGACUGGCUGACCGAAAGGAUCCUUUGGCCAGUCUGGACUGGUCGGAAUCCACUGCCCCAAGUGACCACAGGAGAGUCUGAUAUACAGGACUCCACUGAUCCCAGUCAGGGUGGGAGCAGAGACAGACCAUCUGCUCCCAGGGGGCCAAACCAACGUCUUCUACACACGCGACUCCAUCACAAAGCAGGCCCCACUGACCUCUACUACUACUACGCCAGCAGGAGCGGUGACCUGGAGGAGGUGAGGCGGAUCCUGUCAGCGGGUCACGCAGACGUCCAACAAUGGGGAUGGAGAGCAGCAGAGACACCGGUGAUGGAGGCAGCACACUGGGGGACACAAGGGAUAAUGGUGGAAGCUCCUUGUGAGUCCGAGGUGCUGAUAAUGUCACUGGUGGACGAUAACGGUAACAACUUACCCUUACGGCUGGGCCUGUGUGGGAGGGAGACAGGAAGACAGUGGAGUUUGUCCUGUCUCUGGACGGGGGUGGACAUCAACAGUAGAGAGGACGGUGGAACAAGACACACACCGGUGAUGUGGGCAACACUAAGGGGGGACCUACAGGGAUAA